AUGCAGAGUCAAACAGAAUCAGCCGAGCCUCGAUUCUCGACCAUGUCGACUGCCCAACUUGACAUCAGCUUCAGCCUAUCCACCACGAUGGAGAUGACCAUCUAUCUGCGGAAUGCCAUCUUUGGCGCAGGAUUGAUAGCAACGGGCUGUGGUAUCGCCAGGAGUUACUACCUCUGGAAACUUCAGCAUACCUAUGACACAACAUGGACCGGCUACGAACUAUUUGCCUGGUCGAUCGUCGAAUGCCAAAUGGCGAUAAUCUGCGCGUGUGCGCCAUCGUUACGGGUCUUCCUCCGCCGCUACCUAGCCGACACAAUUAAAAGAAUGACAGGCAGUGUCAGCCACUAG